AUGGAAUCCCAGGACGGAAUAUCCGUCCGCCCUAUGAGGCUGAAGGUACUCUACACGUUUGACAAUGAGAGUAAAACAAAUUGCCUGGCUCGAUGGCCGCAUCUUCUCGAAAUCCAGACAGCCGCUCUGGAUGAGAAAACUCAAGUCGGUGUCAUCGAGCUAAAAACCUGCAUCCAAGCCAUUGUCUCUGCCAGCCCCGAAUUGGUCGCCCAACUUGGUCAAGAUUAUACGGUUUAUGCCUACGAUUAUUCGGAAUAUGAGACACCUUUGGUCGGACAGGGAAUGCUAUCAUGGGUUCUAGCUUCAUCUUCCCCGACCCCUAACGCACCCGCUCACCAAUCCAAAACCAUGGUCACCGGUCGUGUUUGCAAAAAUGUGCUUGGUCUUUUUUCGAAAGGUGCUCAAGAGACGUUGGAGGUCAAAUUACGACUCGUGCCUGUCCCUACCGUUAUGCAAAGCGAAUACCUCGAAAGUAUGCAAAAGUAUCGGGAACUGAGCAACUACAUCCCUCAUGAAUUCGAUGCCCAAUCAUGGACAAAUUUUCUUCGCCAAAACCCCGGCUUGAUGGCCAACACGACGACUCAACAGGUUGAUCGAACGACAUCUCCCAUGGACCACGCAGGAAUUGAGCGAUUCCAUCGGUUACUCAGUGAGGGCUCAACGCCCAGGGAGCUUCCAUCGAUUGCCAACGAUCCUUUCCGAUCCGCGUCCCCCUCACAGUCCAUCUUGGCACCCAGCAGGGUAUCAACCCCAGGCGGACAACGUCCAUCAUAUCAACAGCAGCAGCAGCAAGACUCGCAACAGUCACAACACCAAAACAGACCCACAAACGAUGCCAUUCGUCCCACCUCCAGUGCUUCAAUGUGUGAUUCAGACUUUGCCAAUCACCCAUCCUUUGGCACCCGCAGAGGCUCGAUGCAAUCCGGCUAUGGCAGCGGCGACGAUUCAGCCGAUCCCCAGCCACGGAAGAGGGCCAAACUGUAUCGAACUGAGAUGCCUGGCAAAUCUGACUUCAACAUUGAACGGCAACCUAGUUCAUUGCGAGUUGCAGCUAGCACAGCUGCCUCUGUCCGGAUCCAUCGCCCGACGCCUGUCAACCCAGCCAUUGCUGCUGCUCAGUCUUCAAAUGAAGAGCCCGUUCGGCCACCAACCCCCAUUGGCCAACUCAAUGAUUUCCCCCGAAGGACACGCCCUCCGCCAAGUCUUUUACGCGAGUCAUCAACCCAGAGCAAUGCUUACACUUCGCCAUAUCCCAUGAGCGACGACAUUCCUUUGGGUGACCUACAUAGUCAUUCGCCGGAGGCAUCCCGGUAUCAAGGUAUCUUUGAGCCCUCAUUCAGUAUGCCUUCCUCGCCUCCCGUCUUGGAUUGUGCAUUCCCCAAUCGAUCCAGCCCAGUUCUACCACCAAUCUCUACGGAUCCCGACUCUGGCUUCAUGAGUGGAGGAAUUGAUGAAAUCAUGGAGGAUGAUAUCGGCACACCGCUUGGAAACUCUUCGAGGUCUGUCGCCAAUGGUGCAAAGAGGGAAAAGCGAAUGGCUCGGUCUGAGGUUCAGCCCAGCUCCCCUGCCGUGGUGGAAAAUCAGGGCGAGAACUUUUUGGUCAGUGAUGGAAUGGGCGAGCAACCUGCCAAAGAAGCAGCACCAACACUGCCUCGAGCACCCGCCAGUGCUGCCGGGUCCCGGCCCUCUUCUCGAGCCAGUGUCAGACAGGCACCGAAGGCUUUGGCGCCUGCGCCCAUAUCGCAGAGUGAGCUUGAGCAGCUCAUUCACGCUAUCCCUGCAAGUGAUCCAGUCAUGCCUUCUCAGGGCUCUCAGCACCCUCAUUCUUGGAACGGUCCGAUGAGCGAUUUCGGUUCUGUCGCGACACCACCGCCACAAGUCAUUGAUGAUGGCAAAAACCGGAGCGGAGCAGGAGCGAAGAGGCUGAAACAGGUCCAAGCACGUCUUGAUAAGUGCAUUCGGGAUGGACAGGUCCCUCCUUUCUGUGUGAACUGCGGUUCAAUCGAGACACCUACGUGGCGCAGAGCUUGGACGAAGGAACUCGCCGGCACCGAGCAAGAUGCCAAUGAGCUUAUGAAGGAUCCUACAAUGUUGUUCUGGCGGGCCUUGGAGCGAGAUGAUGCGGAAAAGGUCACUAAAUUCAAGCUUCACAAGAAGAGUCUGGUUGACGCUGACAAGGAUUUUGUCCAAAUCCUUCUUUGCAAUCCUUGUGGUCUUUGGCUCCAUAAGUUCAAGACGAUGCGGCCAGAAAACAAAUGGAACAAGUCUGCGAAUAACUCGAAGAAACGCCCUCCUAGGAACCGCAAAUCCGGUCCACUCUCGAACAAUGGUGCAUCAACAAGGAGCCGCAGCAAAGCAGAGUCAACCAAGCCUGCCGGUUCUUCUCCUGCGGGAACCGAUGCCUCAUCCCCGCCAACAGAAGAUGGAAACACUCCUCGGGCAGAAAAUGAAAAUGAUAACGAAAAUGAAGACGAUGUCCAGGAACCCCCGUCGAAGCGUCGUCGUGCCACCAGCGCAGAGCCUCGUAAGUCGUCUGAUACUACGGAGAGCCGUUGGCACGAACAGGAUGCGUCAGAGGCCCUCGAGCGGGCUAUUCAGUCUAGCCCCGCUCGGAACAUGGACAAUCGAAAUGCCCCGGCGGUAGAGCAAACUCCUACAUCCAAGCCCGUGAGAAGAGUCUUGUUUCCCAACACCCACAAUGAAGGGGCUUUGAAGCCUCUGGGUGAUUCGGUCAUGAACAGUCCCAGACGCAGCCCUCGUGUUCACCGCGAAUCGGACAAGCAAUCGCAGGACAAGGAGAAUCAAGGUGCAGCAACACAUGAUGAUCUUGACGGGCUUUUUGAGAGCCCGAAUUUGGAUUUUGAUCUACCCACCAGUCCUACUCCCAGGAGACGCAUUCCCAGGCCAAAUGUGUUGGGGGAAAGACGACUUUCUCUUCCUAAUUCUCCUUCUGCUGCACGCAAAGAAAAUGUCUCGGAUUUGACUCCGACCAAGCUCACUGCACAAAAACUCCAGCGCAUCCAGGGAGGUGCCGGGUCAGCAUCCCGUCAAAACAAGACACCCAAGCAGUCGCGUUCCCAGGUUCCCGAUUUGCCCGAACUGUCUGACGAUGUUUUUGGUCCAAACGCGUUUGAGAGCAUGAAUGGCAUGGUUGUGGAUAUUUUUGAAGAAGACUCUGUCUCUGCUGCGAAUACGGACUCUUUCUUUCCAUUUGACUCGUCAAAGUCGAACAACAACUGGCCCGAUUGGGUGCCAUCGGACUACGUGUCUCCAGUCGGGUCUGAUGAAGACCAGGUCAAUGGCGAACACGACAUUCCGGACGAUAUUAUCAAUGCGAUCCUGUCUGGCCCAGACAUUCAAAAAGAAAACCUACACAACUUCGACCCUUUCAGCUUUGACUCGAGCUUCCUGGGCUCUGAUGCUCUCGGCGCAGAUCUAAUGGCUCUGGGAGUCAAGGCAAAGUCCUCUGAUGGAUCCGCCAACAAGGAACAGCCACACGCGGCUUCCGAAAAUGAUUCAUGA